AACACACAGCAGGUCCCCAUGACUCUGAGUCUGGGAGGCGGAGCUCUACAGGAUGUGGUGUAUCUGAAGAAGACCUCAGCCUGCUGCGUGGGCGUGUGCUCACUUUCUGAGGAACAGAAAACCUUUCUUAUAAAAACUGCAUGAGGUCAUGACUUUUGAUUUUUGAUGUCUCAGAUCUCACACAGGAUUCACGCUGCAGUCUGCUGAUGGACGUCAGGGUUUCAGUGAUCACACCCAGCUACACACACACUCCAGUGCAAAAGUUGUGCAGAAGGUGUCUCUGUCUCUGAUGUGGAGAGGUUCCUGAGCAUGGUGCUGUUGGUGUUCCAGGUGUCUUCAUUGUUUGUAGGCCAUGCUCCAUCUCUCCAAGUUGUAUUUGUUGUGUUAUUAUACACGUUUCCUGGAGUUGUUGUGAGAGCUUCUGUGUUCUCCUCUGUUUUCCAAGCCAUCAUCUCGGUAGUAGACACCAUGGGUUCCUCUGUGUUAUCUGUGGAACUGCUGGUCACUUGUGUAGAAUGGACCGGUGUUACUGGUAUAUUGAUAUGGCCAGAUGUUUCUGCAGAUAUGGUGGUGUUUGUGGUGGCAUCUGUAGGUGUUUGUUUUGUAGAAAGUAUCUCCAGAGAGGUUCCUGCUGUAGAUGUACACCGGCUACACCAGUUAGAGAGCUGAGACAUGCUUAUUAAUCAUUUCUCUGACAUGUCUCUGAAAACCAGAACAUUCUCAGCUUUAUCAUCUUUAUUUUGUUCUACAGGUGUGUGAACCUUUACACUGUGAAUGUGUUUACUGCUCUCCAUCACCAGGGCUGAUGAGAAUGUGUGUACAGUUACUGUUUGUUUGUUUGUUUGUUUGUUCUGUCAGUGGAGUCUCCAGCUCAGCUGAAAUGUUGGGAUUUUAUUGUAGUCUGUUCAUUCUUUCAGUCUAAAGCUCAAGCAAUAUAAUCCAAAACAUGAGACAAGGCUGAGUCAUGAAAACAGGCAAGGAGUCAAAAACCAGCGUAGCAACCAGAACCAGAACCAGAACCAGAACCAGAACCAGAACCAGAGGGCAAAUCCCAAAUAGCAAAAUUCAAGAAACCAGAAACAAACAGGCAGCAAGGUACAAAGGCUCAGUGUGAAGCUGAAACGUACGUGUGUUUAUAUCAGUCUCAGGUGAGGGUUCCCUCUGCUGGACAGGAGGAGAUGUUGUGGACAGGUUUGUGACCACACUCAUGCCUCAUGUGGUUAAUUAUUAAUAUAAUAAACUCUUACAAUCAGAGUGAGAAAUCUGUACCCUACUGCACAUGGGUCACUUCUCACAGCCAGGAGGUUAUGACAUCAUAAUACAGCCACAGCAUGCUGGAGGUCAGACUGGUGGUCAGUUUAUAAUCUAGAUCUGCUUUUAUUCUUCAGAAGUCUCAGGCUUAUCGCUGAAAGGUUUCCAUGACGACCCUCAAAGUGUUUUUAGUUCAUCUCACCUACUUAAUAAAACCUUUUUAGGAAGCUCUAACCACAAACCCUUCUCGAGGAACCUUUUAAAAAUAAAAGAAGAUGAGAAGAUGAGUCUGCUUUAGAUUCCUGAAGCCUGUGCCUGUAGUUUUUGUCCCCUGCAGGCUGCCAUCACUGCUGCUGCCUUUUAUUAGGGAUCGGCUCGGAUUAGCGGUGUGAGAACCUUAAUCCGUUGAAAUCACAGAGACACUGUAUGUGUGUGUGUGUGUGUGUGUGUGUGUGUGUGUGUGUGGGCCUUUAGUCCAAACUCUGAGCCUGAGAGACGAGACACGUCUCUAAGCGCAGUGACAGAGACGAGACAUGGACAGUGAGGAAGAGAAGGAGCAUAAGAUGUCUCCUGAGAAACGUGAGCAGAGUCAGGAGGCUGAGGACGAGGCAGGAGACAAGACAGGAGAGAAGGAGGACGAAGAAGACGAGGAGGAUGAGGAGAGAGGAGAUGUGAUGGGACAGAUGGAGGAGUGGAACGGGUUUCUUUCAGACGGGGUUACGGAGAGGACCAGAGGGGACGAGGUGGUGGUGGACUGGAAGCCUGGUGACCCGGUGACCCCUCAGUACGUCCUCACGCUGGCGGGAUACACUCAGGAGGACAACGUCUACAACAUCCGCUUCUCCCGCUUCAAAAUCCGAGACCUGGAGCGAGGAUCCGUCAUCCUGGACCUGAAACGACACUGUCCAACAGAAAUCAGUGAUGUAAUGGAAACAGAAGCAGGACGUUUUAUUCAGUAUCAUUUCACACCUUCCUUUCUGAAUCUGAGAGAAAUCGGAGCCACGUUGGAGUUUACAGUGGGCAGUAAAGCAGUGAACAGGUUCCGGCUCAUUGAGAGACACUAUUUCAGAGAGCUGCUGCUGAAGACCUUUGACUUUGAGAUCGGUUUCUGCAUCCCGUACAGUAGGAACACUUGUGAGCACAUCUACAGCCUCCCGGACCUCGACACACACACCGUUGAGGAGAUGAUCACUCAUCCGUUCCAGACACGCUCUGACAGUUUCUACUUCGCUAACAAUAAGCUGAUUAUGCACCACAAAGCCGAGUACUCCUUCAGCAAGACACACAGCGACUGACCAGCCACCCUGCUCCUUCUCUUCUUCCAGUCCGUCAUGGAAAUGAAUCCGCUUCCCAUAACCCGGUCCAGUAAGGCUGAACUCAAGGUCUUUCAUGUUGUCUAGUGGAAUUCGACAGAAUUAAUCCGUGUUUUAAAGUCUCUUCACAGAAAAUCUUAAUACAGAAUCAUCACAGAUGUCUUUUAGGUUUACUGAAGAACCAUUAAACUAGAAACUGUUAUUAGAACCAUGAGUCGUGUCUUUAAUCAGCCUCACAUCACCUG